UUGCAGUGACUCAGUUAGCUGUGUGACCGCUGUCUUCGAGAGACGAUAUAAUCCGAUACAGCAGUUGGGCCUGGUUCCUCAACAUUCGGACAGUCCCUAUCAUACAUACCAUAGUUACGGUCGACAAGUUUACCAGCGGAAGGUAAACAAGGACUUUGAUUGAAGAAAACUUACCGAGACGAGCUGAUCGGCAUAUGUUAACACGGGAAUUUAAUAAAUUCAAUACUGGUUGCAGGUCCAUUUUUUCCUUGUAAUGGAAAGCGAUUUACAUAAUUGACGGUUUGUCUGUGUAAGAAAUGGAAGCAGGAAUUCUUUCAUCGUGAAGUGUGACGGAUGUACUAUUGUUUUAAUGGCGUUCCCUUCUGAUCGUGGUCGAAAAGUGCUAAAUAAAGAUGGCUAAAGCAGACUUACUAUUUGCCGAGUUAAAGUGGAUUACAUUACUUGUGCUCCUUGUUCACGCGUAGUUGAAAGGACACUGAAACUUCACAAAGCCUUGUUUCUGCAUGAACUAAUCCCAGAAAACGUCCUCGGGGAUGCCAAGUCUGACAGGCCCAGACUUUGUUCAGCAUUAUUUGACAAGAUCUUGGCGAUCACGAUUAAUUCAACUAUGAAAAUUGAGUCACUGUCAGCAUGAAUCAAAAUUGACAUGUAUUGUUUGAAUGUGGUAGAAAGUCUAAUGAACUAAUUAUCGUUGAAGCAUGCAGUAUGAUAAACUAUUUGGCAAUCACUAUCAGACGGAUAAAAAAACAAGGUUAAGUAUCGGCCACGUUUCGUGUAAGUCUUUUAGUACCAUACUAAUGGACGGUAUACACACUCAUUACCGAGAUAGAAUACAAUUAAUGGGUCCUCACUCCUCUCCACACAUCCAAAAUAUUUAAGAAUCUGCCAAUGCAUCUCUUAAUUUAUCUGUGCUAAUCACAAUAAUUAGAGCGUUACUAGAAGUCAUCAAUGUCUCACAUGUAACUCUCCUAUGCAAAUGCAACUAUUUAUUACCUGAUUCAACAAGACGACAGGAAAUUCUGUGGAUUAUGAUUGGACUCAUCAAAUACAUCAAAGAAGACGCAAAUAUUUCAGUCAGAAAAACGUUUCCUGCAUUGAAAAUAUUCUGAAAAUGCAAUAUAACGCGUGAAGGAAUUUGUAUGGCAAUCUAUUGCAAUAAAACGUUAUUAGUUACUAAACAAGAUGUGUUUGUGAAACACUGAUGCCCCCGCAUGGCAGUAACGUGCGUCUGGUACCAAAAUAUGAAAGGCCUAGCACUAACCGUUCACCAGUUAUGGCUAGGGUUAAAGUUUUUGCGAUCUAAUAGACAGACGGACAGACCAAAAAUUAUAUGCCCCCGAAUUUCCGAUUAAAGGGGUAUAAAAAUACGACUACUAAUCGAGGCGUUUGGAGAGAACAAAGAUGGAAUUUUGCCAUUUGCUCAACUCCAAAGUAUAUUUGUUUACUAAGGUAUAUUUUAUCGCUGUGAACAAGAAAAUAUAAUACAAACAGCUGAGUAACAGCAUUUAUUAGGAGUGAAGUAAUGAUUACUUGUAUAUCUGAAAGAUCUAAUAUUUUGCCGCAGGAGUGGGAGAUAAGUUUAAUGAAACGAGUCUGUAAUGGGAAUUAAGUUUAUUAAUAAGACAGUAUCAUGUGAUUUAUUCAGAACAUUUCGGGACAUUUUGUUUUAUGGGUGCUAUUAGUUCUUUCUUCCACUUUGUUGCGAUAAAGACGUUACUACAGAUGGGUUAUGUCUGAUGAUGAAUUCUACUUGCCAUCACAAUCUGAUAGUAAACGGAUGGAUUUGUUCUUAGUUUCAGGAAGGAAUCGAUACAAAAAGUAUAUAGAGCCAAGUUUUGUACCGGAACCCAAUAACGUUACUGUACACAAAGGUCAAACGGCAGUUCUAAAGUGUACUGUGGAAAAUUUGGGACCAAAAACGGUUGUUUGGAGAAGAAAGUCAGACAAUUACUUUCUGUCGAUAGGAGAGAGGAUGUACGCGGAUAUUGAGGAGAUGAGUGUGGAUGUCAGCAGGUUUCACAAGUUUGAUCGAGUUCAGACUGAUUUAAUAAUCAAGCAUGCCCAGCCCAGACAUUCUGGUUUAUAUGAAUGUCAAAUUAGCUCCACCAAGUUCUAUAAUUAUAGCGUGCAGCUAAAUGUACUGGAUACUUAUCCAGAGUUUGAACCUGCUCUAACGAUUAGUGGCACUGUAUACGUUAGCAAGUUUUCCAACAUCAAUCUCACCUGCAAUGCCACAGGUGCGGUCAGGGCUCCAGAGGACAUCGACUGGUUUCACGAUGGACAAAAAAUCCGUCAAAACGCCCCGCAAUGGCGUCACCGAACCUACAUUUAUAAAUACCAGCAAGAGGUUCCGGGACGCUCCCUGGUCAGUACCCUGACAGUAGAACGCAGUGAGGAAACCGAUGCUGGGACCUACAUCUGUAGGAGCUCAGACAAAGAUACAGAGAGCAUCAAUGUACACGUCCUCAAUGGUGUGACAGCUGACAAAGGUGUGCAAAAAAGAAAUCCCAGUGAAGGAAUCGGUUCGAAAUCAGAUCAUCAAACAUUGGAAAAUUCUAGUCCUCGCUGUCGUCUGCUGAAUGUCACAUUAUUUCUGAUGACGCUGAUAAUGGUCGUCAAUAGGUGACGAAAACUAAUGCCUGGUUUAGAGCCUAUUGGUAUUCACAUAUCGGGAUUUGUGCCUUAACAUCACCAAAUGAUGAUAUUUACGUUCAUUUCUGCGACUAGUAUUCGAGUUAAGAAGAUAGAAAGUACAUAUUAGUACGAUGGUAAUCAAUUUUAGACCUUUGGCAGUCCUUAACGCUCCUUGAGCACCUAGUGGGCAACCUUCUAUAGCACAACGGUGGCAUGUGAUUUGUUACUGCUAUACUCAGAAGAUCCAAAGGAGACUAGCCGGACAGAGUUUGCAAGUCGAUAUCUCUGGUUGGUCUUUGUUUUGGGAAUUGCUUUAUAUUGAUAAAGCUUUGGAAAAGGAAAUAAUCGAAUUUCCUGCAACUGUACAUUAUUGUUCAGUAACUCUAGUAAUGUUAUGUUUGGUAAAUGCAGCGGUGUCUUCUGUAUUCAUGUAUUCAUGAAGCGCUGGGUAUUGUGGGUAUCCUAUAUUAAACAGCAAAAUAUCAAACUUUGUAAUAUAUUGCAUGUCAACAUUCCGCAUUUUGCUCCAUAGAUAUCAAAUUACUAAAUACAUAUAAUCUGUGAUCCAUGUUAUAUAUCUUAUCGUUAUUAUGUUAUGUGUUGCCCAUGUUCAUCAGUUGUUCCUGUACUAAUGUGUUUCUGUUCAAUCUGAUAAUUAAAUGUUAUAUACUGAG